AUGAUCAAGUCUCACCGUCCGCUCAAGGCGCUGUCGGGCAUCCCCUCCGCCCGCCAUGUCAGCCGGACCAGCAACGCAAAGUCCUCCUUGACCGCGACCGCAACCACCCCCACCAACCAUGUCUUCCACCAGAGUUCGCCCUCCUCCCAGAAGCACUCCACCUCCCCGCUGGCCAAGAUGCCCUUGUCCACCGUCUUGCGAUCGUUGUUGAUCCUGUCGGUCUCCUCGUCCACCCUCCUGUUGAAGCCGUGCAUCUACACCCUGUCGAUGUUGGCGAACCCCAAGACGCCGCUGCUCGACGUAGCCAAGAACCCCCUGUUGAACAUGCUGGUCAAGCACACCAUUUACAAGCAGUUCAACGCGGGCGAAAACAAGCGCGAGGUCCAGCGCUCCAUCCAGGAGAUCAAGCAGUUGGGUUACCGCGGUGUCCUGCUGGGAUACGCCAAGGAGGUGUUGGUCGGAGAGAGCCACGCUGAUCCCGCCGAUCCCAAGGCGGCCAGCGAGGAGAUCCAAAUGUGGUUGGAUGGGACCUUGCAGACCGUCGAUAUGGCACACGAGGGGGAUUUCAUCGCUCUCAAAUUCACCGGCAUGGGAACCCAAGCCCUGCAAUAUCUCCAAAACAAGAGCGCCCCCUCCCCAUUCAUGGACCAGUCCAUCCGGCAGGUGUGCGACCUGGCCAUCUCGCGCAACGUGCGCCUGUUGGUCGACGCCGAGGAGCAGGCUGUCCAGCCCGGCAUCGAGGAGUGGGCCACGACCUACCAGAAAUACUGCAACUCGCGCACUCCCGGCCGUGCCGUCUUCUACAACACCUACCAGGGCUACCUGCGCUCCACCCCGGCCACCCUAGCCAAGCAUCUCGAGAUCGCCCGCCAAGAGGGCUACACCCUCGGCGUGAAGCUAGUGCGCGGCGCCUACCUCAAGACCGAGCCCCGCCAUCUGAUCUGGGCCGAGAAGGAGGACACCGACGCCUGCUACGACGGUGUCGUCGAAGCCCUGCUCACCCGUCGCUACAACGACAUGCUUCAGUCCGCCUCGGCCCAGCACCCGACCGAUCUCCCCCCAGUCCACGUCAUCGUCGCCACCCACAACCGGGACUCGGUCCGCAAGGCCCACGCCCUGCGCCUCGAGCAGGCCCGCCGGGGGGAGACGCCCAAUGUGGAUCUCUCCUACGCCCAGCUGCAGGGCAUGGCGGACGAAGUCAGCUGUGAGCUGCUGCAGGGCUUCGAGGACGCCGAGCAUGCCCACGCCCACCCCGUCACCAUGGAAACCCCCAACGUCUUCAAGCUGCUGACCUGGGGGUCCGUCAAGGAGUGCAUGGGCUUCCUGCUCCGGCGGGCGGUUGAAAAUACUGAAGCCGUCGGUCGCACCAAGCAGUCUCAGGAGGCGAUGUUUGCGGAGUUGAAGCGUCGCGCCCAUGGCACGAGAAGAACGCUCGCGAGAAAUCCAUCUAAAAUGCACCUCCUCUCCGAACCCGACGUGGCCCAACUGCUCCGCCAAUUAACCCCCACACAAUGCUCAACCCUCCUCGACGCCCUCACCAACGCCCUGGUAACCUUCACCACCGACGAGCGCCUCCCCCAAGAGGAGCGCCAGCUACACCAACCGCUCCGCACAACCAUCACCACCAAAAAUGACAACCUCUCGCUCUUCAUGCCCGUCUCCAACACCGACACCACCGGGAUCAAAAUCGUGACAGCCUCGCAAUCGCACGGUAUCAUCGGCGUCAUCAACAUCUUCUCCCCGGAAGGGCGACUCCUGGGCCUGCUCAGCGCCGCGGAGAUCACCGCCUUCCGCACCGCGCUGGCUAUCAUGACGCUCUUCGUGCGCUGUGUCUCGCUACGGAAGGAGAACGUGGUCAUCUUCGGCUCGGGACGACAAGCCGAGUGGCACGCGCGACUCGCGCUGCUCCUCACUCCGGACCAGCAGAUUAAACGUCUCACCUUCGUCAACCGCAGUCGUGCCCGGUUGACCGCCAUGAAGAGCGUCAUCGACGACCUCCUAUCCGCCCACCCACAUCUCACAAUCACCACCCUCGCCAAAGACGACACCACGCCCGACUCCCACGAAGCCCAGCUCCAGCAGGUGGUCGGGUCCAGCGACGUCAUCUUCAGCUGCACGCCCGCAACAGAGCCCAACUUCCCCUACUCCUACCUAUGCGGGGAAGCGGGCAAGCAGCGCUUCAUCUCCCUCAUCGGCUCCUACAAGCCUCACAUGCGGGAAAUCGACACCGAGACGCUCCUCUCCGGCGGAGGCAAGAUCUACGUGGAUUCCAAGGAGGCGUGUCUGGAGGAGAGUGGGGAGCUGAUCCUGGCGGAGGUGAAGGAGGACCAGCUGGUUGAGAUUGGGGAGCUGUAUGGGCGAGUGGGGAGUGAGACGCCGGUUGAGGUGCCUGAGGGGUGUAAUGUUGUUUACAAGUGUGUUGGGAUGGGGAUUAUGGAUUUAGUGAUUGGGAAGAAGUUGUUGGAGUUGGGGGUGGAGAGGGGGUUGGGGAUGGGGGUUGAUGGGUUUUGA